AUGAGUAUAAAAAGGAAGAAGGUCAUAAUACCGCAGUCAAGGUCGACCGAGAGAAACCUAAACACGGGUCAGGCGGCAAACCAACAACCUGAACCUGAAGAAGAAACUACUCAGGGAGAAGAAACAACUACUCAGGAUGAAGAAGAUACAUCGAAAAGCUAUCUUGAGAAUUUAACACUGGUGAUGGAAAACAGACUUGCAAAAUCUAAAAUAUGUGCCAGGACGUCUAGCACGGCGCUUAACAGUACCAACGUAUCUGUCAACUGUAGAGGAAUAUUCUUUAUUUUUGUUACGGACUUUGUGAGACUGAAAAGACUUUUGAUGCAUGUCAGCUUAUGUGGCUUAAUCCAUUGGACCAUGCCCUACGAUUUAUUUUCAUCCCACCAUUUUCAACCAAUAGAUGUCCCUGAUGAUAUCUUCGAUGACAGGUCUGAUGUGUGGUCAACGGGCAUUAUUAUGCUUGAGAAGAUGUACGGGCUUGAUAAAAGAAAGUACCCCAAGCCCAAAUGCGACUCUGAAAGGGACGAAUGGUAUGCAAACUGGCAGAAAGAAGUGAGACGGACGGUUGAAAGCAUUAACAGUGAGUCUGAGCUAGGAGGUUUGAUGAGGGUAAUUCUGGAGGAAAUCUUUGUGGAUUUUGAUAAGAGGGUUGAUGCUAAGCGUUGCCUGGGGACAUGUUCGCGAAUCAAGCUCUGGGGGGAGGGGCAUUCAAUUCCUAUGCGUUGGUGGAAGUCUUGGGUGAAAUGGGUGGAUGGAGUACCAGAAAUGCGACAAAAAGAUAGUCCGGGGGAAAGGGCAAGAAAACGAAAUGCAACAAACACGGGCUAG